UUUUAGAGACACACUGUGCGUUGUACAAAAAUAAAAUGAGCACAAAUUAUGCUCGAAAGAUUGCUGUUCUUCGUGCUCGAAUAUUUGGAGAACUUGUUAGACCAACAACUGUGCGAGGACAGAAAGUUGUGGAAUAUUUCAGAAGCUGUCCACGUGCUGAGCAAAUUACAAGUUAUUAUCCACCAAUAAAACAGUUUCAGUCAUUGCUAUUUAAGCUGAGGCAUUUAGGUUUAUAUCAUGAUGAACAUUUGGAUUUCAAAGAAGAGAUGCAGUUUCGAAGGCGAGAAAGAGGGAAGGGGGCACCAACAAAAGGUCAAGGAAAAAGAGCCAAGAAAAAGAAAUAAAACACCAAAGCUUUGUUUUUCAGGAUGAACUUGUUUCCAGAAGUGAAGGGAAAUUAAGAAUAUGGUUUACAAAUUUAUUGAAUAAGUACAUGAACUAGUUCUUCUAACAAGGUCCAAGCAAUAUUUCAUACAUUAUUUUCCAUCCAUGAUGUUAAAAUCUUUGUACUGAUGUGGAAAUACUAUUUAUUCAUGUUUCUAUGGACUGUGGUUGACAAUGAGAUUUUAUGCUCUUGAAAAGAAUCUUGUAUGUGAAUAGUUUUACAAUCGAUAAUUGAUAUGAUAAAGGUUCAAAGUUUAUUAAAGGAACUCGUAAUUUUUUACAAAAAUUUUUAUUUCAAAUAAAUUACAUUUAAUAAUAGGCAAUAAAUUACAA